CAUGCCUGGCUAGGUUCGCCCGCGAAAGAAAUAUCCGCCGUGUACAGGCUUGCCUCGGCAAGACGUCCCUUUUGCAAUUAGCGAUGCAAAAGCAUGCCUAAAUAUUGCAUGUAGCUCCAUAGUUGCUAUGAUGCGGCGGAACGGCUCACCGGGGAGUGCACCUUUGUCGGGAGAGUUGCGCGAGCGAGGUGCCAUGCCUUGAGCUUUGGGAUACAACGAUUUGACCAUGGAUGUACAGCCUGCGGACUCUCAAUCGGCUGAGGGUGGAGCGAAGGGGAGCUGUGGAAAUCCGGCGGGAACCGCUCGUAAGUCGUUGAAGCUGCUGCGCCGUGCUGCGCGACCUCUCAGACCGUGACACGCGCACCUCCUUACCCUCUGUGGCCCCCGCCUUCUCUUACACCUCUCACGCCAAAUGCCAGUUGCACCUACAUCUGCACCUUCAGCUCCUCCUACGGCUGCGCCUUCAGCUGCAGCCCCGGCGGUGGACUUCGCCAAUGUGAGCUCCCUGGCGCUGCUCCGCCGCCACCGCAAGAACAAAUUCGCAAUCCCGCGGCAGGCACCGGUGCCAGAGGCGGCUGCGUUGUCGCCUGCCAACACUGUCAGCACCGGUGCCGCCGCAGGUGCGGCUGGGUCGCCAAUGGAGCCAUCGGCGGGCCAACAGUCAGAGCCACGUGACCAGCCCACGCAGCAGCCCCAGCAGCAGCUGCUGGUCAGAAUUACUGACGUGGGCGCGGCGGUUGGAGCUGCGGCGGAUGCAGGCACACCGCGGGCAGGCGUAGUAGGGGGCGGUCAUGCGCUGGGGUCAGACACCGCCCCGGCUGCUGCAAAUGUUGGCGCCGCCGCGAGCGGUGGCACAGCUGGUGCCGAGGCUGGCUCGCAGCCGGUGCCAGCCGCGGUCGCAGCUACAGCCCCUCCUGCGGCGGCUCCCGAGGCCGCGACUGCCGCUGUGCAUGCGAGCGGCUGCGGGCUCCAACCUGCGCCGGGGCCUAAGCAACCGGCUGCGUCUGCAUUCGCAGUCUCGCCGCUGUCCCUGCAAGCCGUGCUGCUGGCCGCGAUGGGGCCAGAAGUAGCACCGCCGCCCGCCGGCAGCACUGCGGUGGAGGUCCUGCCUUCUGCCGCGCCGCCACAGGUGGCAGCUGCGGUUGCGACUGCACCCAGCCCCGCAGCUACAGCGCCCACAGCUGCGCCGCAGGCACAGCAGGCAUUGGUGGAGGCUGACAUGGCGGAUGCUGGAGGGGAGCCCGCUGCGGCGACUGCACCCGCCGCGGGGACCGACACUGCAGCGGCGCCAAGUGCCACCGGAGCGGCACCUGCAGACGCAGCAGAAGCCACCCAGGCGGGGGCAGCAACCCAACCGGCGGUGGGGACAGCCGCAGCCGCAGCCGCGACAGCCCCCCAGCCAGCGACUGCAGGCCAACCGCCGCAUGACGGGAACCAGCUGGACGCCCUGCGUGCGGGCCACUGCGUCCGGGCCUUUACCAUUCACUUCACAGUCACCGUCUUGCCGUCGCGCGACCCUGCCGCGCCGCGUCGCAAGCUGCUGGCCCUGAAGCCGGCAGACCUGCGCGCCGCGGGCCUCGCCUGCGUCGCCGAGCUGGGGCCGGUGCUGGACAGCGGCGCGGGCGCCGGAGCUCAAGACAUGGUGCCUGUGUCGGACGGCGACGGGGCCGGCGCGGUGCUCUUCACGGUCCUCGGCUUGAGCGCUGCGGACACACUGCGACCGCUGCAAGAGGUCACGGGCGGCGGCGGCGCCGCCGCCGCCGCAGGUGCCCCGGCCGGGGCGGCAGCGGCCGGCAGGGGCGCGGGCGGCAAGGCGAAGGGCAAGGGCAAGGACGCGGCGUGGCGCAUCCGCCUGAACGGCCCCUCGAGGUGGCUGACGGCGGACGGCGGCGUUCUGGACCCGACCACGCCCGAGGUGGCAGGCCUGCAACUCAUCCGGGAGCCUGUGGAGGGCGUGCCGCGGGGCCGAUACACACUGCUGCGAGCCAACGGCAGCUGCGCCUCCGGGCCUGCGGACCCGCCCAGGCCGGCGCGGCCGUACGAGAUUGUCGCACUGCUCAGGCCCGCUGGCGAGGAGGCGGACGCAGCAGCGGCGGGCGCGGGCGCGGGCGGCAGCGCCGGCGUUUGCGUGCAUGCGGGCGCGGUAGCAGGGGCUGCUGGGCUCGGAGGCGCAGAGCAAGGCAGCCGGCACCCGGCGUUGGGAUUUGGCGCGGCGCCGGCGGCGCCGCCGCCGCUGGCGGAGCUGUCGGGCCUUGCACAGGUUGGCAGCAGCGGCAACGUUGGUGGGCUGGGCGGCUUGGGCGGCGGUGGCGGCGGGGCCCGCUCAGUCGCUGCGCCUGGGAGCGCGGGUGGUGGCGGCGACCGCUACAGUGGCGAGACCGUGGGCGCUGUGUCCACCACCAGCGGAGGGCGGGGCCCGACUUCGGCGGCUCCUGGCGACGCGGGCGCAGGGGCGCAGGGGUCUCGGUCGUCUCGAGACGGCGGGCAGGAGGAGGGCGAGGAGGCCUCGGGCUCGCAGUGGGAGCGGCAGCAGGGCCGUGUACCUGGCGGGGCUGUCGUGGCGGCGGCGGCGCCUGCAGCCGAGGGCGCGUCGCCGGCCCUACGGAAGCCCACUCUGGAAAAGGUCCAGGUCGCGGCGAGGCCGUCACCCUCAGACUCGAAGGGAGCUGAAGCGGGCACAGCCGCUGCCCGCGCCGCCGUGCCGCGUAGGCCGCCGCCGCCGCCGCAGACGACCCCAGACUCAUCUGAAGAGCCCGCCAUUCGCUCGGAGCCGGCGCCGCUCCAGCUUCAAGCCACGCCGCAGGGGCCGGCCGGGUCGGUCAGCCCGACGCCUCGAUCUCGGCCGCGGGCUCAGCCUCAGCCGCCGCCGCUCCUUAUGGGUGGUGGCGGACGCGGCGGCGGCGCAGGAGCCAGUCUGGACAGGCACUGUAGCAAGCAGCUGGCGAACUCGGAGGUGGGCAGUGUCAAGGGCGGGCCCAUCUGCUUUACGUCAGCCAUGACUGGCGAGGACGGAGUCUUCCACGGGCUACACGCCGACAACGAGGAAGAGCCCUUCUGCGGGCCUGUGGUCCUGCACGACGGCGCAGGCGGCGGGAGCUGGGCGAUGCGCGUGCGCGGCAACGGCAACAGCGCUCAGCGCCUGCACGACACCAAAGCCAUGUUGGAUCACUACAAGCCGACAGCCGGCGACGCACUCGUCUUUGCGCGCUGCCUGCACCCGCCCGCCCCCUGGGCCUCGACCGCCGCCGCCACCGCCGCCGCCGUGUCGCCGGCACAGGCGCAUGAGAACGCCUCCGCAGCGGCGGCCCGGAUGGCAGCUGACUGGAAAGUGCCGCCCGUGCACUUCACCGUGUGGUGCGUGCGUAAGGCUGACCUCGCCGCGGGCUGCGCCGCGCUCCUGCAACCCAGGGCGGACCAGCAGCAGCCCCUGCAGCCGCAGCGGCGGCCGCAGGCGCGGUCGCCGGCCGCAGUGCCGGAUGCGGGGGAGGCGGAUGCGCAUAUGGCGGCUGCGGAGGAGGACGAGCAGCAGCAGGAGGCGGAGCCGGGGGAGCAAGAGGGUCAAGGCGUCGACGGGAUGGAGCGUGCGGAAUCCAAUCCAGCUGCUGGUGCUGGCCCUGCUGUGGGCAGUGUGCCGGCGCCUGGCGCGGUGGCUGGCGGAUUCCCCACCUUCAACAUUUCCUGCAUGAAGGAGCUCACCAAAACCGACUGCGCUCAGAAGGUCAAAUUCCCUGUGGCGUGGCUGAAGGCGGGAGGAGUCAUGGCGGGUACCACGAGGGGGCAGGUCUUGUGCCUACACGUGCGCGGUUCUGCCGAGUUCACGCAGGCCAACGUGGGCCUCUCGGGCGCACUGGGCGUUCGUAUCGGCAAGGCCCUGAAGGAUGCAUUGCGCAUGGAGCGCGGGCGCGUGCUGGCGCUCGCGCCGUGCGGGGCGGACGGCCGGCCGCUGCAGCCCGGCGACGCACCGCUGACGCCGCGCCACGUCUGUCUGGAGGUCCUAGGCACCGGCACCGACGGGGCGGGACUACAUGGCAGGUCCGGCCGAGCCGCUGGCAAUGCCGGCGCGGCCGCUAGAGGGGCCGCGGGUGCGGUGACGGACGAGGAUGAAGACGAGGAUGAGGAGCCGGAUGAGGAUGAGGUCCUGCAGUCCGAGGAUGAGGCCGUGUUGGACGGCGAAGAUGAGGUGAUCGUGGAGGCGCUGCCACAAUCUGGGCGCCUCGCGGCGGCGGCGGCGGCGGCGGCGGCACAGCAUGGCGGGGACAGGGCUGCGGCGGCGGUGGCGGCGGAGGCGGGUGCAGCCCUUCCGGCCUGCUGCAAGGUGCUGUCGAAAACCGACGCCGACGGGUGCAUCAUCAUCCCCAGGGCGUGGUGCUGUCGGGGCGGCGGGUUCGCCGGGCUGGGCAUAGGCAGCUCAGUGGUCCUGCACAUUGGGCGGACGAAGGAAACCUUUACGCGUACAUUACGCAGCGGCAGGACUAACCUGUACAUGACGAUUCCAGCUGACAUGCGCAAGCGAUUGGGCUUGGCGGUCGGCAAGGAGUUGGUCCUGGAAGCCUGCGACAAUGCCGGACGGCCGCUGGCGGCGGGCGCGGUGCGGCUGGCCCCCCCGCACUACGCCGUGCGCUGCGUCUCGCGUCGGCCGGGGGGCGCGGCCGUAGCUGACGAGCAGUCGGGGCAGGAGCAGGGCGCGUAUGAGGGCUUGGAUGAGGGCGAGGAGGGCUCUGAGGACGAUGAGCAGGAGGGGGAGCGUGCCGGGGCAGCAGCGGGAGGACUGGCGCGGCGGGGUGCCGUGGCGGUGGCACACGGGGCGCGUGGUGUGACGGAUCCCGGGGUCGCGGCCGCAGCGCCGGCGGCGCCAGCCACCACCAGCCGGGAGGCCCCCAGCCCGCGGAGUGCCGACGGCGGGGCAGCCGCCAGGUCUGCCGGCAGCAAAGGCGAGGCCGCGGCCAAGGACGGCGCGCCGCCACGGGCGCGUGCGCCGCCGCCGGCUCCAGUGGCGCCUGCGCGCCCCAAGCCGAGCGUCUCGCCGCCGCCGCUGGCCCGCGACGUCGCAACAGGGCAGCAGCAGCAGCAGCAGCAGCAGCGGAAGUCGCCCCAGGAGCCCCAGCCGCUACAGCAGCCCGGCCUCGGCACCGCGGCGGCUGCCGGCGCGGCAGGCGCCGCCGCCUGCGUGCACGACCCGGACGGCUGGGUGCCGGCCGGCGCCGACCCCGCCAGCUUCACGCCGCCCGCCGCCGCUGAUGCGCAGUGGGAGCAGGUCGCCGGCACCAUCACGCUGGAGCAGAUGCGCUGGAGGCGGCUGCUGCCUGGUGCCUCGGAGGCUGCGGGGGCCGGCGGCGGCGCGCCGCAGGCAGCAGCACGCGAGGUGCCCGCGGAAGAUGCAGACGACGGGUCGCUGCGACUGUGCGGCGUCGUGUUUGCGGUCAGGCGGGACGGUGGCAAUGCCGCGGCUGCCGCCUUCGCCCGCGCCGGGCGGGCGGACUGGCUACGACGCCACGCCGGCAAUGAGCAGACGCCCGCAGUCGAGAUCGUGCCGUUGCCUGGUGGAGGCAGCAGAAAGGGAGACAAAGGCCAGGGGCAGCAGGCGGCGCUGCCAGCGUCGGCGCAGCCGAGGCCUUGGCAUGCUCUAUUUCGGGGCGGCGAGGGCGGCGGCAGCAGCAGCGGCACCAGGACCGGGGUGCUUCAGCGCCGCCUUGCGAGCCUGCUGAAUCUCAAGGACUUGUAUGACGCCACCACGCCGCUGCCGCGCGGCCCCGUGACGCUACCCUGCGUGGUGGCGUGCCGCGACGCCCGGCGCGGCGGGCUGGGCGCGUGCGUGACCACGGAGGUCCGGAAGUUCCACCCCUUGGGUGUGAUGCCUGGUUGGCUGCUGCAGGGCACUGCGGGCGGCUCUGAGGACGCCUACAAGUUCGCUUACGUGGGCCACCCGCGCGCGGCGUCCAGCCACCGCCCAGCUCGCGGCGACCCCGCUCUGCUGCUGGAGCUGCGGCGGCGCGGCGAGACUGGAGAGGUGUGGCGCUUCCUGUCCCUGUCCUACCGCCUGCCCUACCCGCCGGAGCUGACGGAGACGCCGGGCGCGGCGGCUGCCGCCAAAGCAGCAGCAGCCGCGGCAGCGGACCUGGCAACAGCCGCUGCAGCAGCCGGAGCAGGCACAGGUAUCGCGCCCCCGGACAGCGCCCACUGCAUGCACUCGCAGCUGCCGGCGCCGCGGCAGCAGGAGUUCACGCUGUUCAGCAUGGGGGCGGCACGCAGCGUGUUGGCGCUGGUGAACGACCCGGGGCAGCGGCGGCACGCGACGGAUGACUUAGAGCUGCCGGAGCCUCCGGAGGAGGAGCGCCAGGCCAACUGCGUGGUGGUGCCGGUUGCGGUGCGCGGCGUGGUGCUGCCGGUGCUGGUGGCCGUCCGCGACCUGCGGCCCGGCGAGCAGCUGCUCCUGGACCGAGGCGAUGACUGGUGGGCGCCCGUGGCGGACGGGUGGGAGGUGGCCGAGAACGGCCUGCCGCAGGCGGCGGCGGCGGAGGAGGCGCUGGAUGACGCGCAGGCCUCGCUGGCACGCCACGAGGCGCUGCUGCACCUGCCCGGGGAGGUGCAGGCCUUCCCGCUGCCCCAGGAGGCGGCGGCGUGGCAUCAAGCCGCCCAGGGGGCUGCGGCAGGCGCAGCGGCAGCGGCUGCGGUGCAGGCGGGCAGUGCUGGUGGGGAGGCAGGAGUUGCAGCAGCGGUUCCGCUGCAGCCACCGCAGCUGCAGCAGGGUCUGCCGCCGCCGCAGCUGUCGCUGCCUCGCUCGCCGCAACAUGGCGCCAGCCAGCGCGACGACGCAGGCGGCAGGGGCGCUGUCACGACGCCGAGCGGCACUGCCCCUGCGGCAACGCCCGACAACGGCGCAGCCCAACCGACACGGCCGCCGGCAGCCACCACGUCCACAGCUGACGCAACACCCGACAGGCGGCGUGCCGUCGACUCGACCGCAGCUGGCGGCGGCGACGGCCAUUGCGACGCGGCCCGUGACCGCGAUCGGGAGCGCAAGCGGGAGCGAGAGCGGGAGCGUAGCGACACCAGGGGCCGAGACCGCGGUCGGGACCGCGAGGGCGGCCGGCAGAAGCCGGAGCAAGAGCGCAGCCGGCGCCGGGAUGAGGCGCAGGGCCUCAGCGCCGACAAGGAGCACGGCGACGGCCGCCCAAAGGACCGGGAGCGUGAGCGCGACCGGGACCGGGACCGGGACCGGGAUCGGGAUCGGGACCGGGACCGGGACCGGGAUCGUGCCGUGAGUGGCGACAGGCAGCGCGGCAUGGAUGCCGACAAGGUGCGGCAGCAGCAGAAGGAUAAGGACAGGGACAAAGAGCGGGGGAAAGAGAAGGAGCGCGAUAGGGACAGGGAGAAGGAGAAGGAGAGGGAGAAGCGCAAGCAGCAAGAGCGUGCCGAGGGCAAAGAUUCGCAGCAGUCGCUGCGUGGCAAGGAACGCGGAGCGGAACCCAGCAAGAGCGACCGGGCUGACGGCCAUGGCAGCAGCGAGCCCUCAGCAGCAGCAGCAGCGGCGGCCACAGGACCAAGCCCGGCAGCGCCGACGAUGGCGGCAGCAGCAGCAGCAGCAGCUCCGCAGCAGCUGCCGCCCUCCCCUCGCCCCGCAUCUUUGGGUGCUUUUGGUCAUAACACAGGCACGCCAAAAGCGGCGGACGCUGCGGCGGCGGCGGCAGCAGCGAAGCCUGCAGCGCGAGACCGCAGCCGGGACGGUGACCGCGAUCGGGAACGUCAAGGGAAGCGCGACCGAGACCGGACAGAUUCGGCUCGGCGGCAAGACAGCAGCAAGGAGCGGGAGCGCGACAAACAGGCGUCCCGUGAUGCGGAAACGGGCCGCCAGCCACAGUCGCAGCAGCAGGCACUACCGCCGCCACCGCCGUUAGCGCAGGGCCAGCUGCAGCAGAUGCAGAUGCAGCAACAGCAGGAAUCGCUGCGGCCGCUGUCUCCGUCGCUCCUCCCACCACACCUAGCGGGCGCAGCUGCUCCGACGGCUUCUAACACGCCGCGGUCUGUGCCUGACACGAACGAGCAACGGCAGGAAUCCCGGCCGCGUGAAGAGCGCGGUGGAACCGACAGCCAAAGGCAUCGCAGCAAGGCAGCAGGGCAGGUGGGGGCCGCCUUGCAGCCGGACGUGGGAGUGGGGAGCCCACAGGCUGCGCAGCAAGGCCAAACUGGCAAGGAUAAGGCAGGAGGAAUGCAGCACCAGCAGCAGGAGGGCCUAGAUGCUUCAGGGACCAUGCGGCGACGGUCCAGCACCGGGUGCACGCCAAUCGUCUUGUCUCCGUCUGCGGUGCAAAGCAUGUCGCCACCGCCGCAGCCGCAGCCGGCCGAGCAGCCGCUGGUGUCGCCGCCAGUGGCGGCACCACUACAGCCGCUAGAGCCGCAGCAGCCACAACCUCCGCUGUCGCCCCAACCGCAGCUGCAGCCCUCGCAACAGCCGCCUCUUCCGUCCCCACACGAGCAGCCACCAGGACAGGCCGGUUCGCUCUCCGCACUCUUGUCAGCAGCACUGCCGCUGCCGCAGGCCCAGGCUUUGGACAGGGAGCCAGCUGUGGAGCGCGAGCAAGGGCUGGGCGUGGAGCAGCAGCCGAACGAUAAAAAGCGAGGGCGGGAUGAGCAGCCGCAGGGCAACAGCAGCGACUAUGACCAGCCGCAGGCCCACAGCUCGGGGCGCGAAAGGCCACGUGACGCUGACCGCAAGCGUGACCGCGACCGGUCUCGUGAGAAAAAGCGCACGGCGGAGCCGGGGCGCGAGCGAGACCGGCAGCGGGACCGGGACAAGGAGGGCGGCAGGGGCGGGGACCGGAAGCGCGGCCCCGAGCUGGAGCAGACGCGGGAGCGCGGCAGUGAGCGCGAGCAUGACCAGCAACGCAAGCAUGACGAGAAGGAGUCUACACGCGGCCGGGAGCAGGAGCGAGAGCGGGAGCGUGAUAGCGACCGGGGGCAGAAGCGCCGGCGCGAGGGCGAGCAGGAGCGGCAGCAUGACCUGGAGGGGCGAGCGCGCGGCGGCGGCAGCGGCAACGAGCCGAAGCCAGGGCCGGAGCCAAAGCGGGAUCCGGGCCGCAGCAGCGGCAAGGCUUCAGACCGAGGCCGGGACCGAGGCCAGGGGCGCGAGCGGGACCCGGAGCCUGGCCCGCGGGGGCGCAGUCCUGGCCAGUCAGGAAGCCAGGCGCAGGAUGGCGAGCGGGCAGCGGGGUCAAGCCCGGAGUCGGGCAAGCGCCGCCGCGCCGAAGCAGAGGGCGGCCGGUGUGCUGGCGGUGGCGGCGAGGGGGACGGGGCAGGCAUGGCACCUGAGGCCCAAGCGGAAGCUCGCGGUGACGCGGUGGGUCCGGUAGGCUGGGUCGGGGGCUCCGUGUACCGGAGCAGCGCAGGCACAUCAGACGUGGCCGCUGCAGCGACAUCCGCGCAAGUGCGUGGCACGGCGGGUGGGAAGGGCGCCGCUGCGGCUGACGCGCCCGAGCCACACCAAGCCGGCGGCGCGGAGCCCUCCGCCGCGACUGCGGCUGAAGCAUCGGGCGGCUGGGGCGACGGUGACGGUCAUGGUGGUGCCGCGACCGCGACGGCUGAGUGGGAGGACCUCCGCACUCACUCGAGCACCGCAGGUGCAUCAGCCACAGCCACAGCGGCAGCGGCAGCGGCAGCGGCACCAGCAGGCGGUGCGGCCGAUGCCGUGCCACUCGCGGAGGAGGCCGCAGGUGCUCAGGGCCGAGAGGCACGGCGCGCGGCAGGCAGCGGGCCCGGCCGUGACGUGCCGGCCAAGGAGUCACCGGCAUCAGCAGCAGCCGGCAGCGGCGCCGCCAACAGCAGGCUAGGCGGCGGCGGCGGUGAUUGCAGCUCUGGGCGCUACGAGCCAUUCAGUGAUCCGUACCGCCACCAGCUUCCGCCGCUGGACGAGGUAGUGGGCGGGCGGCUUCACUACCUUCCUGACAUGGGGUGCGAGGAGCUAAUUCUGCGGCGGAUGAAAAGGAUCCGGCUGCGAAGCAACAUCUUCGACCCCGACUCGGAGCCGGGCGGGCCCGGGCCCAACCCCAACGCGCCCAGGAGCUUCAUGGAGUGGCGCGCGGCGCGGCUGGCGGCGACGCCGUUGGGCUGGCGCUUCCCUGCCGGCAGCGCUCCGGCGGGCGGCAGCGGCAGCGCCCGCUAAGGCGGCGGCCUCGGCGGUGGCCCCAGCGGCGGCGGCGUGCACAUGCUGCGGCGGCAGCUGGCAACGCGGGGCUGGGCGUUGGCGAGGGAUUUGCGGGCGGCAUGCCACCGCCGGUGCGGGGUCUGGGAAUAGUUGUAACUUGUAAGAUAAGUGCGCGUGUCCCAUUACGGUACUGUAUGGUAUGUAAAUUUCAUGCGGGCAAGAAUGCUGACGGCAGGGCAGUUGCUAUGACUGGAUGAAAUUUGACAGUCCGUUGGGCGCUGGCGAGGGUGGUCUGUACCUGCUCUACGUUUGACGGUUGCCAGGGCGCGGGUUCCAGUCAAAGGCAGGCAGAGUGUUGCUAUGCGGAGUGCGUGAGCGGAGGAACCACGAUGAUGCAUCCGGUCACAGCAUUAGAAAUGGUCGGGAGAGCAAUGCAUCAUUUCAAUUGGAUUGCAGGCUAACACGGCGAGAGCGCUGGCGAGAGCGGGCGCCCCAGUUGUCGGAGCGCGCCAAAAGAGACUACUAUUUUGCGCGCGGCGAUGCCGCUCAGGGCAACACGCGUGUAUUUCGAUUGCUGAACGAUUACAGUGUAAGAACGCGCUGUU